AUGGCCGGAAUAUUAUUUUUGAACAAAAAAUAUGUAGAAAAGGGCAUGAAAGGAAGGGGGAGGGACUAGACAAAGGGAAAAGGAGAACAAUAGCAGACAAGAGUCUCCUCUGGCUGCUCUCUUUUUUCCUCUCUCUCUCUCUCUCUGUGUCCGUAACGACAGCUUUCUUUUCCUGGAAUUCUUUGAGAAACCCUAGAAGAGAAAGCUACAAACCUGUUGUUUAAGACUGUUGGUUUCCUCUGGAUUCCAUGUCCCAGGAGCUUUGGUCGCUGAAGCUGCUCCUCGGUGACACAGAGCUACCAUGAUCGUAGAAACUAACACGAAAGAUUCAAUCUUGAGAGGUAGAAAACUAGUGUAAAGAAAGAUGGGGAAGAAAGGAAGUUGGUUUUCUGCAAUCAAAAGGGUCUUUACGCCACACCACAAGGAGAAGCUAGGCAACCAGGAAGCGGAGAGAAAGAGCACGAAAGAUAAGAAGAAGAAAGGGUUUGGGAAGCUAAGGCAUGGAGAGACGAAUUCAUUUCUUCCCAUCUUCAGAGAGCCGAGCAGUAUCGAGAAGAUCUUGGGCGAGGCAGAGAGAGAGCACAGCCUUGUUUUCAAGCCUCCAUCUCCCGCCUCUGUUCCUCCUCCUGUUAGACCUUCUUCUCCUCGGGUUCCAUCUCAGAGAUUCGUCUCUCCCCCCAUUGUUCCUUCUCCAAGACCGACUUCUCCAAGAAUCGCCUCCCCCCCACAUGCCGCUUCCCCGAGAGACGAUCCUCCAAGAUCAGUUCCUCCUAGACACCCUUCCCCAAAGCCUCCUUCUCCAAGAGCGGCUUCACCCCGGGUUGUGCAGCGACGGGAGUAUGUGUAUAGGCCAGAGCCGACUCCCGCCGUCCUAAACGCUUCUGCGAUAAAGAUCCAAUCAGCUUUCAGAGGGUACAUGGCGAGGAGAAGUUUCAGGGCUCUUAAAGGUCUGGUAAGGCUUCAAGGGGUGGUGAGGGGGCACAGCGUGAAACGCCAGACAAUGAACGCGAUGAAGUACAUGCAGCUAUUAGUCCGUGUUCAGACACAGAUCCAGUCUCGUCGCAUCCAGAUGUUGGAAAACCAAGCCCGGAGACAAGCCAGGAACGAAAUAGAUGACGCAAGAUUGGCCGCUAGCAUUUCUGAAGCUGGCAACGAGGACUGGGAUGACAGUGUUCUGACAAAAGAGGAGAAGGAAGCGAGGAUGCAGAGGAAAAUUGAUGCGAUCUUCAAGAGAGAACGGUCCAUGGCCUACGCGUAUUCUCACCAGUUGUGGAAGAACAGUCCCAAGUCUGCACAGCCCGGGCUGGCCGGCGUUCGUUCUGGUGGUGGGUUCCCUCUAUGGUGGAACUGGGUGGACCGUCAGCUUCCUCUGGGUACUCCUUCCCCGAGCCUGAGCCAAACCUUGAAGGACUUCAGGUUCACGCCCACAAGACCGAGCCCACAGCCUCAGUCAAGCGGUCAAAACCAUUUCAACUUCGACACUCCAACCCCGAAAUCCUCGGAAUCCACUGCUUUCACGCCGUCCAGACCAAUCAGAACACCGCAACCAUCGAGAUACUCGAGAGGAGGAAGAGCCCUCGAUUACACUUUCAAAGACGACGACAGCCUCACCAGCUGCCCACCAUUCUCAGUGCCCAGCUACAUGGCCCCAACUGUCUCGGCCAAAGCCAAGGUGAGACCGAGCAGCAACCCGAAGGAGAGAGUGGCUGGAACACCGGGCAGCAACGAGAAGAGGAGGCUGUCGUUUCCUCUGGCUCAAGGCCUCGGGUCUUUCAAAUGGAACAAAGGGUCAUUGUUCAUGAGCAGCAACAACAACAAUGGCGGCAAGGUUUCGUCUAGUGGAGUUGUGGUGGAAAAGCACAAGACCCUUCAGUCUAUAGGAAACACGAGCGUUGAUUCCACUGUCUCCAUGCCGGCUGCUGUUGGGAGGAAGCCGUUUAACAGAUUUGCGUGAUUUGCCUUGAUUUUUGUUUUGCAUUCUUCAGUUUGUGCAUCCUUUCUCUGGAAUUUGUUCCCUUUUUCUUCUUCUUACUUCAUUUGUGGGGUGGUAUUGAUUCGAGUGCCUUUUGUUUUUGGAAUUUGGAUUACGAAACUACUGAUGUAACAUAAUAAAGGAAAGAACAAUAGCAGACGAUUGGCUUUGAACUA